AUGUUCUCCAACAGCAACUCUCUGUUAAGCCAUCGUUCUCGGGCCUCCAGGGGGCGCCAGCAUGUCCACUGCGACACCUGCUUCAGCCGCCGCUGCAGAGCUCAGGUGGAGAUGUCGGUGUGUUGUGCGGUGGUGUCCUGCCGUCUGCUCUGUGGAGCCGUGUUCCAUCAGUGUAAAGAGGAGGACCACCUGCUGCUGUGCCCCAACGUCCGGGUGCCGUGCCUGAACGCUGAGUACGGCUGCCCCCUCCACCUGGCCCGGUCCUCCCGGGCAGCUCACCUCCAGGAGUGCCCCGCCAGUGUGGUGUCCUGCUCCAUGGAGUGGAACCGCUGGCCGGCCAACGACGCUCACUCUCAUCCCAACACAGAUCUGCAUGAAAACCUUCUCAGCGAUAGAGAAGCCGGGGGCUGUCUGGACUUGGACAUGGCUCUGAAGGACCAGGACCGGCUUUUCCACUCCUUAAAGAUGAAGAAACUCUUCCCAGAGCUGGUCUUGAGCAUCAGUGAGGAGGAGAAAGAGGAGGAGCGGCAGGAGCGGGAGAAGAAGAGACUAGCAGCCAUUCAGAGGGAGGCGGCAGCACGGGCGGCUGUGGAGGAGACCAAAGGUCAGUGGGAGUCUUUCAACAUCUUUGCUAUGAGCCAGCCUGAGGAGGAGAAGGAGGAGGAGGAGGAAGUGCCGUUGGAUCAGGAGCUGACUCAGGAGGAGCGGGAGGCCAUCGCUCGGGGGGAUGGAGUCAGCGAGCAGCUCUUGGAGAACUACAACGCCUGGGAGCGCAUGUUCAGCAUGGAGAUGGGCGGGUGCCGGGAGGCAAAGGGGUCAGCUGAGGCGGGUGGAGCUAGAGUCACGAAGGCUAAAGGCUUGGGGGUGUUGAUGGAGGAGGAAGCAGAAGGAGCCACCUGCACGCAGCUGAAUGGAGAAUGUUCGAGCUCCCACUCGUCCUCCUCAACAUGCACCAUGAACCUUCCCAAGAAGAAAUUUGAGUACGGACGUCUGGAGCCCAUGAAGAUCACAGCGGUGCGGACGUUUAAAGUCCCCACCAGCUUUGCAGCCAAACACGGCCGUAUACGCAACCCGGGUUUCUAUAAGAGAGAAAGUAAGGCGGUGGACACCAGCGACCUGGAGGUGCGGGACGAGGACAUGCCCAUCUGGGACGAAGUUCAGGCGUCGCUGCUCUGCUCCCUUGAGAAGGAGCAGAGAGGUCACCUGAUCGCCGAGAGCGUCUGCACAGACGGCCUGCUGCAGGACGAGGGCACCCAGACCUACGCCUUCCUGACAGCUCCUUUCCGGAGAAACACAUCUUUGGCUCACCUGAACGCCAGCAAGCCUCUGGAGCUCCACCUUCAGCUGCAGGUAGAGAGCGUCAACAGCCGCCACCACAAGGCCAGCUCCGCCUUCACCUUCCUGUGUGGACACGCCUUCCAGCGCAGGGAGUAUGGCCGACAUUACAAGAACAUCCACAGUGACAUCCAGAUGUGUGUGAACGGCUGGUUCCACCAGCGAUGCCCUCUGGCCUACCUGGGCUGCACCUUCAGUCAGGAGAGAUUUCGACCGUCAACUCAUGAAGCCAACGUCACGUACAAUGGGGAGCUGGGCUGCUUCAGACUGUGCCCCUCCACCACAGUGAGCCUCAGACGAGGAGGACGAGAUGAUGUUCUGAGCUCGCUGCCCUUCGAGGUGCUGUGCCACGUGGCCAGUUUCCUGGACAGUCUGUCUCUGUCCCAGCUGGCUCUGGUGUCGCGGCUCAUGAGGCAGGUGUGCUCCACCCAGCUGCAGGACAGAGGGAUGGUGACCCUGCAGUGGGAGAGGAGGCCCUCCUCACAUGGAGGAGCCAAGUGGAGGGUGAAGCAGAAGGUGUGGCACUUCAGCACUCUGUUCUCACCUGUUGACUCGUGGAGCUUCAGAGACCUGGCACCCAUGUCGGAACACCUGAAGACUUGCCACUAUUACGAGAGGGAGUCCACAAACGAACCAGUUCUGCUGCCACAGUUCUCAGAGAAAGUCCAACCCAGUAAACUCUGCUGACCCUGGUGUGCUCCAGCAGAAGAGAUGCCCGGAUACUUCCCUCUUUUUAUCGACACACUUCCAGGAAUAAAACAGGAGCGUGACAUCAGGUCACACUUGAGAGUCAGAGCUGCCUCUUCGUUCAGGUAAGAGCAGGAAGACAAGUCUAUUGGUCGUCUCUGGGUCUCGGCUUGUGGUGGAGGAAGUCGGCCCGGAACAGUCUGUAGAGCAGCAUCAAGCUGCCCGUGGAGAUGACGGUCAAACCCACAGCCCCCGUCAGUGUGGUGACAACGGUCAGGCGGUCGCUGUGAGACAGCAGCCAGCUGCUCAUCCAGCCCAGGGUGAAGAGACGGAAGACCAGGAACCUGCAGGAGACAGAGCUGAUGAGCACUGAAACACACCAUUGCUGUUUAGAGACACACAGGAAAAUAAGUGCAAAGCUACAUCACAUAUGGAAGGUAACUAACCACAGAAGUAAUGACUACUGCAUAAAACUUGUUAUAGCUUUGUUAAAAUAAUAAAAAAUAUUGAAAACGUAAUGCCUUUAAAUAAUAAACUAUUUAGCCAAAUUGUAUUAUUUGAUUGAGAGAAUUAAAAAUAAUUAAAUCGUGAAUAAAGUACAAAACUAAGUACAGAUGGAUGAAGAUGACGCCACAUUACAUGCCAUGGACAUUACAGUGAAACCAUCCCAAACACAACUCCAUCAAUUAGCAGCUAACGUCAGGACUCAUUUGUGUGGCAAAGGCCAUGCCCCCUCGUCCAUCGUUGACCUACGUUACGAGGUUGAGCCAGAUGGUCAGCUGGAAGGUCAUCAUGAGGCGAGGGUUGGAGUUUUCCUUCACUGACAGCAGGAAGAGCUGUCUGACGUGGAGGAAAAUAGAGUUGAUCUCCACCAGCAGAGAGACCAGAGCAAAGCCCAGGUACAGGCGGUGAAGCAGCGCCAGGCCGAAACACAGCAGCACCUGGGAGCAGGGGGAAAAACGUACCCACCCGAGAGGAAAUACAUGUGAGGCAUCUGGUAGGAUCUGAUCCUGCUAACACUUGACACUCACCUUUUCAUUUCAAAGUUUGAUUCACACGGAAACCAUUUCAA